AUGUCGGCCAUCAAUGUUCAGGUGCCGACGAACCCGGAGCAGAUUCUUGAUUCACUGGCGAGCAAUAUCAUCGAAUUCCGGUACGAUCCGGAUCAACACAUCACAUUUGCUGGAUGGUACGUGCGAUACCAGGAUUUGUUUGCGAAAGAUGCCGUUCGACUCGACGAUGAAGCAAAGGUGAGAUUGCUGCUGAGAAAACUGGGGCCGUCAGAGCACGAGCGAUAUACCAGCUAUAUCCUACCGAAAAGCCCCAACGAAGUGAAGUUCGACGACACGGUGAGUAAGCUGAAGAGUUUAUUCGGCAUCCCAGAAUCCGUGAUCAGCAAACGGUAUCGGUGCUUGCAAGUCACGAAGCAAGCCACCAAAGACUACAAAACGUGCGCAUGUCGGGUGAACAAGCUGUGUGUCGAAUUUGAACUGGGGAAGCUUUCGGAGGACCAGUUCAAAUGCCUCGUGUUUGUAUGUGGACUGAAGGCAGAAAGCGAUGCGGAAGUCAGGACCAGGUUGCUGAGCAGAAUCGAGGAGCGGAACGACAUUACGUUGGAGCAGAUUUCCGAUGAAUGUCAACGUCUUCUGAACCUUAGGCACGAUACGGCGAUGAUAGAGGCAGCGUCUUCGUCGACAGCAGUGCAGGCGGUUAGACGAAAGCAGUUCGAUGGGAAGCAUUCCCGCGCAGGACGGGGAUCGCCAGAGUCAAGAUCUUCAAAUCAGCGGGGUGCCGCUCCAGCAGCGCCUUGUUGGAACUGUGGUGCAAUGCAUUAUUCGAGAGACUGUCCUUUCAUCAGACAUCGGUGCAAAGAUUGCGGUCAAGUGGGCCACAAAGAUGGGUACUGCGGUAGUGCCAAGAAGCGAAAGAGAUUUGUGAAGGCGGAAGUAAACGGCCGGCAGAUCAUUCUUCAACUCGCCACUGCCUCGAACAUCAGCGUCAUUUCCGAGCAGACAUGGAGGCAGAUUGGAAUGCCAACAACAGGCCCUGCGAAAGUCCAAGCUGCCACAGCCUCGGGCAAGCCCUUGAAGCUACAAUUCGAAUGCUUAUGUGAAGUUGUGAUCAAGGGGGAGAGGCGUCAUGGUCGAUUCUUUGUGGUUAAGCAGAAACUCAAUCUGCUUGGACUGGAUCUAAUCGACACGUUCAACCUCGGAUCGUUGCCUAUGGAUCAGUUUUGUAAUCAAAUCAACAUCUAUCCAACAUCAAUCAGCGCGCUCCAAGCAGCUUUUCCAACGGUAUUCAGCGACGAUCCAGGCUUGUGCUCGAAGGUGAAGGUGAAGUUCACGUUGAAGGAAGGUAAAUCCCCAGUGUUUCGACCGAAGCGACCAAUGGCUUAUGCCGUGUGCAACACAGUCGACACAGAGUUGGAUCGACUUGAACGAGCCAACAUCAUUACACUGGUCGAUUUCUCGGAGUGGGCAGCCCCAAUCGUCGUUGUUCGCAAGGCUGGCGAACUGCAACGUCUACAGUCAGAUCGACUCUCAGAUGCGUUCUUGCAGGUGGAGGUGGACGAAAGUUGUCGCGAGUUGCUCACAAUCAACACACAUCGAGGUCUUUAUCGGUACAAUAAGCUUCCACCAGGUGUCAAGGCGGCACCUGGAGCUUUUCAGCAGCUCGUAGAUACGAUGCUGGCUGGACUAAGCUGCACGUCUGGAUAUCUCGAUGAUGUUCUCGUUGGCGGGGUCGACGAAGCGGAUCAUUGGCGCAAUCUUCAAGCCGUCCUUCGUCGAAUCCAGGAGUUCGGAUUCACCAUUAAAGCGGAAAAGUGCUCGUUCGCUCAACAUCAGAUCAAAUAUCUGGGACAUCUCAUCGACGGGCAAGGUCUGCGUCCGGAUCCGGCAAAAGUCGAAGCAAUCUGCAACAUGCCGGCCCCAAAAGAUGUCACUGGAGUUCGAUCGUUUCUGGGAGCGAUAAAUUACUACGGGAAGUUCGUCCCGAGUAUGCGUACGCUGCGAUAUCCGCUAGAUGAGCUCCUGAAAACCGACAAGAAGUUCGUCUGGUCAGCGGAGUGCGACAAGGCCUUCUCCACGUUCAAGCAGAUUCUCACCUCAGAUUUGCUUCUGACGCACUAUAACCCACAACGCGAGAUAGUGAUAGCAGCGGAUGCGUCAUCGGUUGGAGUUGGAGCGACCAACAGCCACAAGUUUCCAGAUGGGUCGAUGGAAGUUGUUCAACACGCUUCCAGAGCACUAACAGCCGCUGAACAAGCCUACAGUCAGCCAGAUCGUGAAGGACUGGCGAUUAUCUUCGCUGUUACCAAGUUCCACAAGAUGUUGUUUGGUCGGAAGUUCACACUGCAAACCGAUCACGCUCCACUUCUUCGGAUCUUCGGUUCGAAAAACGGCAUCCCAGUUUACACGGCAAACCGGCUACAACGUUGGGCACUCCAGUUACUGUUAUACGACUUCAAUAUCGUCUACAUAAACACAUCGAAAUUUGGUAACGCCGAUAUUCUGUCACGGUUGAUCAAUCAACACGUCAAGCCGGAAGAAGAUUUUGUAGUAGCCAGCAUCAUAACUGAAAACGACGUAAGAUCAAUUGCAUUAGAUGCAGUUACCGCUCUUCCUCUCAAUUUCAGAACAAUACAGCACGCCACCCGUUCCGAUCCUGUUCUUAGCAAUGUCUAUCGUUUCGUCCAGCAAGGAUGGCCGCAGUCAAAAACGGCCAUUCGAGAUCGUUCACUUCAGCAGUUCUUCGAUCGAAGUGGUUCACUGUCUACGGUUCGAGGGUGCGUGAUGUUUGCUGAACGUUUAGUGAUCCCGAGCGAGUUUCGGGCGCGUUGCCUACAACAUCUUCAUCGAGGUCAUCCUGGCAUCCAGCGCAUGAAGGCGAUCGCGCGCAGCUUCGUCUACUGGCCGUCGAUCGAUUCGGAUAUCGCUGCGCAUGUCAAAGCGUGUCGUAACUGCGCAGCUGCAGCCAAGAGUCCACCCAAAGUACCGCCGCUGUCGUGGCCCAAGUCAACGCAUCCGUGGCAGCGCGUUCACAUUGACUACGCAGGGCCUAUCGAAGGAGACUAUUUCUUGCUCAGCGUCGAUUCAUAUUCCAAGUGGGUCGAAAUCAUCAGAACGAAGUCGAUCACAGCCUCUGCAACGAUCGGAAUUCUACAAAGUCUCUUCGCUCGCCUCGGUAUGCUAGAAACGCUUGUAAGCGACAACGGUACGCAAUUCACUAGUGCCGAGUUUGCACAGUUUUGUCUUGAGAACGGUGUCGACCACGUGACAACCGCACCGUUUAAUCCGCAAUCCAACGGGCAAGCUGAACGGUUCGUAGACACAUUCAAGCAAGCGAUCAAGAAGAUUCGAGAGGGGAGAGGACCAAUCCAGAACGCUUUGGACACUUUUCUGUUGACUUAUCGAACAACACCAAACGUGUCAGCACCAGGAGGCAAAUCUCCGUCCGAAGUUAUGUUUGGGCGCAGAAUUCGUACCAGUUUGGACUUACUUCGUCCACCAGCUGUUCGGGAAACAAUUAGUGAAACUGUUCCGAGGUCGUUCAAGAAAGGUGAUGCGAUCUACGCCAAGGUGUACUCCAAGAACUCAUGGAGAUGGGCACCAGGGGUCAUUCUAGAGCGGGUUGGACAGGUGAUGUUCAACGUGUGGAUUGAGAGUAGUUCGCAUAUCAACCAGCUUCGAAGCCGAACAGAAUCUGGCGCCAAAACUUCUAGCUCGAUGCCUUCCAAGGUGGAUACAUGUCAGUUGUCUCUGGACAUCUUGCAGCGAGCAUGGAACCUGCACAAGCCGAGCCAAACACAAUCAACGGGUCCGUCUACACCACCAGUACCAUUGCCAUCAACGCCGUUCAUGCUCACAACUCCGGCUGAACAUUCAACAUCAUUGAAGAGCUUGCCAUCCACGCCAACUUCACCCAGCUUAGUCUGGGUUACACCAGAAUCAACAACAGAUAGUCAGCCUUCUUCCACCAAGCCUACAUCCAAAUCUGUAGUUCCUUUGUCCCCUGCAACGACUGCUCUAUCAUCCAGACCUACUGAAGUGGAAACAGCUGUACAGGUAUAUCGUCGCUCUUCACGUCUGCGAAAACCACCGAUAAAGUUUGACCCGUACCAGCUGUAUUAA